CGCAACCAGUCGCCAGGACCUUUGACACCAGCUCAGGAUGCGGGACUUGUCCCGCGGCAGUGAACGCCUCUUCAGUACGAGUGUGUCAGUUGGCAACCCCGCGGAGCGAGCGAGAACCCGCUCCGCAUGCGGCUGCAUCAUCGCGCGCCCGGGCCGGUGGCGGCUGUCACUCAGGAGCAGCCAAGUAUUUUAGGACCCAGAUGACAACAACGCCUCCAGUCUGCCUGCGGACCGCCGGUCAAUGACAGUCACGCUCUCUCUCUCUCUGUUUAAAUGAAACUCUGGAUAAGAAGUUUUGAUUCCAGCGGAUCAAUUCGUGUUCCGUUUCAGCACGUUCACGUGAGGCUCGGACUUUAGUGUUGCGUCGUUGCACAUGAGCGCGGCUCGCAGCGUGUGUGUCGUUCAGCGGACCUUUUAAGGCUCGGAGACUGAGGGAUUGUUACAACCAUCGCAUGUUUGAGAAGGAAAAGAAGGAGAAUGACUUCGGUGUGGAAGAGACUUCAGAGAGUUGGCAAAAAGGCCUCCAAGUUCCAGUUCGUUGCUUCGUAUCAGGAACUUGUUCUGGAGUGCACCAAGAAAUGGCAACCAGACAAGCUGAGGGUGGUGUGGACCCGCAGAAACAGACGCAUGUGUUCCAAGCUCCACAGUUGGCAGCCUGGAAUCAAAAACCCCUACAGGGGGACUGUGAUGUGGCCGGUUCCAGAGAACAUCGACAUCUCUGUCACGCUGUUCAAGGAGGCCAAUGCUGAUGAGUUCGAGGACAAAGAAUGGACCUUUGUCAUUGAAGGUGAGAACAAGGGACAUCGGAAAGUGCUGGCUUCUGCUGACGUCAACCUGAAGCAGUUUGCGAGUCCGACGCCGACCCAGACGGACUUGACGCUAGCGCUGAAGCCGCUGUCGGUGAAGGUGGUGGAGGCGACGCUGAAGCUUUCGCUGUCCUGCGUCUUCGUACGAGAGGGGAAGGCUACCGACGAAGACAUGCAGAGUCUAGCCAGUCUGAUGAGCGUGAAACCCACUGACAUAGGAAACCUGGACGACUUCAAUGAGAGUGACGAGGAGGACGAUAAGAAGUCCGCAGCAGCGACAGCUCCCCGCACUCUCACCCGCCCAAACCGUCCUGCCCCCCCUCCGCCUGACCAGCGACCCUCAUCUGGAGUCGGUCAUCCUGCUGCAGCGAUGGGACGACUGUGUUCUCCUCCCAGUCCGGCCACACAUCCCCGCCCUCCUCUCCCAACUGCUCCUCGCCCUUCUCCCCGCCGCUGCAGACACCCCUUCAGCGCCGGUGCUCAGCCUUCGCCCACCCCCUCCCCUCAGCCCUCACCCAGGUCCAAACCCAAGAAGUCCACCAACCCUUUUCUUCCUGAUCCUCUUCCUCUGUCCAAGCCCAGACCUCCUUCAGACCCAUUCUCAUCUGAGGUGUUGCAUGCUAUUUCUGACCAUGCCCCCUAUCACCCGUCUGCCGCAAAUCCUUUCUUAACUGACGAAAAUGAAGAUGCGCACCAAUCAGAAACACUCCAGCAGAAGUCCAGCGCUUCAGCCAACAUAACUACCGCUUUGCUGUCACCCGCUGAACCAGAAGUAACCAAAGUGGGCUCCCAAAUUGAUCCAGUAGCCACUAGCACAGUUCCCUGCACCAAGCCCACCCUGUCAUCUGACUCCUCGGCAUCUUUCCCUCCUCUCACUGUGACCAUCUCUCAGCCUCCAUCACUCCCCAAAAUCUUUCAAUCAGGAUCUGCCAAAGUUCCUAUUUCAUGUCAACAUCGCCCCCCGGAGGUCAAAAAGCCCGACCCCUCUGUCUGUGAGCAAUCUCUCACAUUUAAACCUCAGAUCGUCAAGUCUAUUCCUCGUCCUUCGUCUCCUUCGCCCUUUUCCUCUGACGUCCCUCCUCCUGUGCCGACUCCCAAGUCUUUCCCUUCCGUCUCACAGUCAGGUGUCGGGGGGCCACGGAACACCCCAAAAGCUGGCGCUGACGUCGCCCCAGUUCCACUGUUGAGUAGCCCUGAUCUUGAUGCUCUUUGUGACCCCGAAGCUCCCACUUUUCCAGCCCCUCUGUCUCUCACCUCACCUUCCCGUUCGUCCUCUCUGUCCACUGCGGGUUCUUUCACUCCACCAAUCACCACUCCUUUUUCCACCCAUGACCCUUUGAUUAGAUCCGGCAAGUCAGGAUCAACGUUCCCGGCUAUUCUGGAGGACUCUGAAGACUCAAGUGUUCCAAAGUUAACAAGCCAAGCCGCGGAUCGGACAGAGAUCAGCAGGUCCCAGGAGCAGAUCACCCCAGCACAGGACCUGAGUCUGGCCCCCCAGAAGGGUGACCCAAAGAUGGAUAGUCCACUCCAGUCACGCUCUGAGCUGAUCAUAGCUCCUCCACCUCCGUGGCCCUUCUCCUGCUGUGAGGGAGCCAGCCCCCAGCAGCCAUCCACUACUAUCGUGGCUGCCUUUAUCACCCCUAAACAACCAAAGCGUGAGACGGCAGAAACAGUUAGCCCCAAUAAGAAUGAGAAAGUGGCGAGCCCAGAGUCUGAUGAUGACGAUGUUAUCCUCGAGUCGCUGAACAAGACUCAUCAGUCGGGCGGUUUGUUUAUAGAAGAGGAGGAUUCUAAGGUGGAUACUAUCAAAAGACGUCCUGCGGGUCUUGAUCUGAAACCCAGUGAACAGUCAGAGCAGGUAGUGGAAGCAGCUACCCACAGGGAAGAGGGGAAGCCUGAACAAGAGAAGAAGAACAAGGAAGACGUGGUCAAGGAAGAGGAGGAGAAGAUGAGACUUGAGAAAGAAAUAAAGAGACUCUUAGAGGAGGAAAAGAAGAGAUUCUUGAUGGAAGAAGAGGAAUCAAACAGAGAGAAGGAACAGCGAAAACGGGAAGAGGAGAGGCUGUUGAAGGAGAAGAGAGAGAAGGAGAGGCUGAGGAUCGAAGCGGUGAAGACAAAGACUGAGGAGGAGAGGAGACACCUGGAGCUGGAGAGGAAACACAUGGGAGCAAGUAAUGAGAAAGAAAAACUGAAGAGGGAAGAGGAGAGGAGGCUGGAGAAAGAAAGGAUUAUAAAGCAGAUAAAGGAGGAGGAGGAGAGAGAGGCAGAGGAGAAGAGAGUCUUGGAGGAGCAAAGAAGAAAGAGGAUUGAAGAAGAGAGACGGAAGGAGGAGGAAAAAGGAAAUGAAGAAAUGAGACGGCAAAAGCAUUUCAGAAAAGAACAAGAAAAGAGGGAGAGGGAAUUGAAAAAAGCAGAAGAGGAAAAAAGAAAACAUGAGGAAUUGUUGCUGAGGCAAAAAGAAAUAGAAGAGAAAAGAAUUCAGGAAGCGACGCAGAAGCGGGAGGCAGAAGAAAAGGACAGAGUGUUGAAGGAAAGAGAGGAGCAAAAAUUAAAAGAAGAGGAACAGAGGAGACAAAAAGAGGAAGAAAAAAGGAGACAAGAUGACAUUUUGAAGCAAAAGGAAGUAGAAAGGAAGAAGGCUGCAGAGGAGAAGAAGGAAAUUGAGGAAGAACGACAGAGAGCACUGAAGGAAGAGAAAGAAAGAGAGGAACAAAGAUUAAAAGAGGAGAGAAAACAGGCUGAGGAGAAGAAGAAAAUUGAGGAGGAGGAAAGACAGAAAGCACUCAAAGAAGAGAAAGAAAGAGAGGAACAACGAUUAAAAGAGGAGAGAAAACAGGCUGAGGAGGAAAGAUUGAGACUAGAGCAAAAGGAAGUAGAAAGGAAGAAGGCUGAGGAGGAGAAGAAGGAAAUUGAGGAAGAAAGACAGAGAGCACUCAAGGAAGAGAAAGAAAGAGAGGAACAAAGAUUAAAAGAUGAGAGAAAACAGGCUGAGGAGAAGAAGAAAAUUGAGGAGGAAAGACAGAGAGCACUCAAGGAAGAGAAAGAAAGAGAGGAACAACGAUUAAAAGAGGAGAGAAAACAGGCUGAGGAGAAGAAGAAAAUUGAGGAAGAAAGACAGAGAGCACUCAAGGAAGAGAAAGAAAGAGAGGAACAACGAUUAAAAGAGGAGAGAAAACAGGCUGAGGAGAAGAAGAAAGUUGAGGAAGAAAGACAGAGAGCACUCAAAGAAGAGAAAGAAAGAGAGGAACAACGAUUAAAAGAGGAGAGAAAACAGGCUGAGGAGAAGAAGAAAAUUGAGGAAGAAAGACAGAGAGCACUCAAAGAAGAGAAAGAAAGAGAGGAACAACGAUUAAAAGAGGAGAGAAAACAGGCUGAGGAGAAGAAGAAAAUUGAGGAAGAAAGACAGAGAGCACUCAAGGAAGAGAAAGAAAGAGAGGAACAACGAUUAAAAGAGGAGAGAAAACAGGCUGAGGAGAAGAAGAAAGUUGAGGAAGAAAGACAGAGAGCACUCAAGGAAGAGAAAGAAAGAGAGGAACAACGAUUAAAAGAGGAGAGAAAACAGGCUGAGGAGGAAAGAUUGAGACUAGAGCAAAAGGAAGUAGAAAGGAAGAAGGCUGAGGAGGAGAAGAAGAAAAUUGAGGAAGAAAGACAGAGAGCACUCAAGGAAGAGAAAGAAAGAGAGGAACAAAGAUUAAAAGAGGAGAGAAAACAGGCUGAGGAGAAGAAGAAAAUUGAGGAAGAAAGACAGAGAGCACUCAAGGAAGAGAAAGAAAGAGAGGAACAAAGAUUAAAAGAGGAGAGAAAACAGGCUGAGGAGAAGAAGAAAAUUGAGGAAGAAAGACAGAGAGCACUCAAAGAAGAGAAAGAAAGAGAGGAACAACGAUUAAAAGAGGAGAGAAAACAGGCUGAGGAGAAGAAGAAAAUUGAGGAGGAAAGACAGAGAGCACUCAAGGAAGAGAAAGAAAGAGAGGAACAACGAUUAAAAGAGGAGAGAAAACAGGCUGAGGAGGAAAGAUUGAGACUAGAGCAAAAGGAAGUAGAAAGGAAGAGAAGCGAGGAAGAAGCAGAGAAUGAGGCAAGGCGAUUACGAGAUGAAAAAGAAAAGCUGGAGUACAAGAGAAAAGAAGAAGAGAAGCGAGAAAGAGAGUUGAAAAGACAAGAAGCUGAAAGAAAAAAGUUUGAGGACAAAAAGAAGAGGGAGGCAGAGGAAAGAGAGAGAGCUCUGAAAGCAGAGAAGGCAAGAGAAGAAGAGAGGAAAAUAGAAUUAGAAAGACGAGAGGCAGAGGAAAGAAAAAGCCGAGAUGAAUUAUUGCAGAAGCAAAAAGAAAUGGAAAGGAAGAGAGUGGAGGAAGAAGAAAAGAAGAGGAGGGAGGCAGAAGAAAGAGAGAGAGCAUUGAAGGAAGAGAAGGACAGAGAAGAGGAAAGAAAAAUGGUUGAGGCUAGGAAAACAGAAGAGGAGAAGAAGAGAAAAGAUGAGGACAGGAGGCUAGCUGAUUUAUUACAGGGGCAAAAAGAAAUGGAAAGAAAGAUGAUUGUGGAAGAAGUGAAGAAGAGAGAGGCAGAAAAAAGAGAAAGCAAAUCGACAGAAAAGGCAAGAGAGAUGCAAAGAUUAAAAGAGGAGAGAGACAAGAUGGAGAGAGAAGAGGAACUGCAAUCCUCAGAAGCAAACUGGUCGGAUGAAGACAAGCAGAAGCUGAGAGCCUUGAUCUCUCACUCCCAAGCUCCUGCAGUCGCUUCUCCUCAUCGCCCCCUUGAGGACGAAACUCACAUCACAGCUGAAAGGAUCAGCCAAUCACAAGAGAGGAGCCUGGGUAGUGACGUUGAAGCCAGUGAGAGGACGGCUGAAGCCAGUCGACCGAGCGGCGAGCGCAAAGAAGAAGAUUUAAAAGCGAAGCAGGGACUAAGCAUCAAAGGUGACGGAUGUCUGGUGGAACAUGAGAGAGAAGCCGACACAAGCCAAGCCUCGUCUGUGGGAGAUAUUCCCAAGUCUGUGAAGAGGCAGGAGGAUCUGGAGCCGUUGACACCAAAACCAUGGACCCAGCAGGAGGACGCAGACGUGAAGGCGGCUGCCUCUGGCUCGCAGAGGAGCCCUGACAAUAGAGAGUCUGUGCACGGAGAGGAGAGGAAGCUGUGGGCAGCUGUGGAGGAGAAGAUCUCUGUGACGGGAGAAGACAGGGUGGGCGGGAAGAGGAAGGCCGAGGAUGCAGAGGUGAAAGAAGGCCCAGGCCACCCCGCCCCCGCUCUCUUCAGAGAGACUCCCAACACAGCCGUUGCUUCUGGUCCCACACAGACACUGGAGCAGACUCUCAAACUUCCUGGGUUGCCAUCAGUGAAAGAGGAAGGAACUCCGCCACCAUCUUUGACCGUAAAAACUGGAAAUGUCUCACAGAAAUCAGUGAGGGAUGAGGAACCAGGGUUUUGUGCCCAAUCGGACUCCAAACCGAGCCUUGAUAACGGACUUGCUUGGACAAACCAUCCCGACACACCGACUGAAGCUCCUUCCAGAGAGACGCCUGAAAAAGACGGAAAAUAUUCAGCAGAAAGUGGAAGCCCACUUGGUGCUCCGACUUCCUCCCCAGAGGAGCUGACCAAGGAGCAGCAGCUUCAGGUGGAGGAGAGGCUGCUGCUGACCAAAAUCCGCUUGAUGACAGGGGACGCCUCUCCAGUCUCCGGCCCUCGGGCCAUGAAACGGCUGGUUCCUGAGCCUGGAGAAAUUGACCAGGAUUCCAUCGAGGUGAAAGGAACGCCUGUCCUCCCUCAAACUGAUGUGAUGGAGGACAUUUCGCUGGGUGAUGGCGCUAGUGAGUCAGAGAGAGAGGAUGUGACGACCCUCCUGUUAUCCACGACUGAUCAGGAGAGGAAGACUCAUCACAGCGACGUGAAGACAUCAAGACUCCCGACGUUACAGGAGGAAGACUCCUCGGACCUGAAGACGGCGGUUUGUUCUCCGAUGGUCCAUCAGGACGAAGUAAAGGUCGAUUCUCCUGAGAAGCUGGUGAGCUCCAGCCAGACGCUGCUGCAGUGGUGUCAGGACGUCACCGCAGGACACAGGGGGGUGAAGGUCACCAACUUCAGCACGUCCUGGAGAAACGGCCUGGCGUUCUGCGCCAUCCUCCACCACUUCCACCCGGACAAAAUAGAGUUUGAGCAGUUGGAGCCUCAUGACAUCAAGCUCAACAACAAGAAGGCGUUCGAUGGUUUUGAGGCGCUGGGCAUCUCUCGUCUCCUGGAGCCGUCCGACAUGGUGCUGAUGUCCAUCCCGGACCGGCUCAUCGUGAUGACCUACCUGAGCCAGAUCCGCUCGCACUUCACCAACCAGGAGCUGAGCGUCCUGCAGAUCGAACACAACAGCAGCCAGUCCAGCUACGGCCUGGCCGACGCUCGGCCCGCCCCCUCUGACGUCGCCGCCGCCGCCUUCUGCAUGGCCCGGCUGGAGGAAGGAGGAGGCGGGGCUCUAGUCGUGCCGCCGCCCAGAAGCAAGAAAUCGAUUAAAGACGAGUCGACCUCCCCUGUCGCUCCCCCCAGAUCCGCCACCAAGGCGGUGAAAUCAUCCGAGAUGAGUCACAUAGAGUCGCAGGGUUCUGUGGAGAAGCCGUCCAAAUCAGAGGAGGAAGCCAUGUGUCUGCAGGACACCAGCCAGUACGUGCUGAGCGAGCUGGCAGCCCUGGAGACGGAGCAGAAGCACAUCGACAGCCGAGCCGCCGUGGUGGAGAGGCGGCUGCGCAGCCUCAUGGAGACAGGGAGCGACAAAGACGAAGAGGAGCGGCUGAUUCAGGAGUGGUUCAAUCUGGUGAACAAGAAAAACGCACUCAUCCGCAGACAAGACCAUCUGGAGCUGCUGCAAGAAGAGCAGGACCUGGAGAGGAGGUUCGAGCUGCUGACCAGAGAGCUGCGGGUCAUGAUGGCGAUUGAAGACUGGCAGAAGUCCACCUCGCAGCAGCAGAGGGAGCAGCUGCUGCUGCAGGAGCUGGUGUCUUUGGUCAACCAGAGAGACGAGAUCAUCAGGGACAUCGAUGCCAAAGAGCGAGGGGCUCUGGAGGAGGACGAGCGUUUGGAGCGAGGGCUGGAGAUGAGGAGGAGGAAAUAUAACAACAAAGACAAGUGCGUGCUGCAGUGAGACGAGGUCCUCAGUGCGGAUCCUGAAUUCCUUUCUUGUUCCACGCUUUCCAUCAUGAGAAGCCAAAGUGACGUGUUUCUGUUUGAAGUUGUUCCAUCACUGUCUUACAAUGUGUUAUUUAUUGCAGGAUUUCUUUGCACAAAUGUGUUUGACAUCUUGUCCUGUUGUGAAUGUCACAGCUUUAGUCCUUCAGACUUGGUUCUGAUCGACACAUUUCCUGCCAAAAAGAGCUGGAAAGGAGUGCUGCUAGUGUCUGAUGACAUUUCCCCUGAUGGUUGCUUUACCAGCCACCUGAGCUGUUGAUCGUGUUUGACCUGUGAAUGCGUGUUGAUCGAUACUGAUUUUAUAUAAGUAACUGUUGUUGAAACAAAUGUCCAUAUUUAUAGUUUGACGUGAUUCUUAUGUUGAAAUAAAUGUUUGAUGGCUGAA